AUGGGGGAAGAUAUCGAGAUGAAGGACGCCACCACGGUGGCGGCGACCACCGAGGACGACACCAAGCACAUCAUUGACGACAUUGACCAGAAUUUCGCCCUCCUUUCCAAGGCGCUGGCCAACUUCGAUAACUGGUACAUCUCGAAAGUCCUCCGUGAUUUGGGCCCGUUGCGCCGCAAACUCGUCAAGCACCCCGAGGUGCUUGUCACCGCCAUCACCAAGGUGUUUGGCUCGGCUCCCGAGUGGCACUACGUCUACCAGGCGUUGUCGGCGUCGCCUGACCCUCUGGUGCCCGAACGCAAGGAGAUCCCUUUGAUCCCUGAGAUUGAGCUCUAUCUCCACUUGUUGGUGCAAGUGUACCUUUUGGACACUGAACAGUUACAGAAGCUUGACCAAUUCAACGAGCAUGUGGUGCGGUUGAUGGCGGCGGUCAACCACCGGUCGCUUGACUUUUUGAAAGCAAAGAUCUGGUUCUACAUCCAGCGGACUAAAGAAUUAUUAAACGAUCUUUACCCGAUACGCCCAGCGCUCUUGGCGGGCUUAAGAACGGCGGUGUUGCGCCACGACCCUGAGACUACGGGGCUGAUCUUGACGUUGCUUUUGCGUAAUUACUUGCUUACUCACGACGUCAACCUGGCAGCCAACCUUGUCGACAAGACGGAAUUCCCCGAAAACUGCGGUAAUGCGUUGAGCGCUCGUUACUACUACUACUUGGCCCGCAUCAACGCCGUGCAAUUGGACUACAGUACCGCUCACGAGUUCGUGAUUGCCGCCAUCAGAAAGACCCCGCAGACCUCACUUGCCACCGGUUUCCUCCAGGCGGCCACCAAACUACAGAUUGUCAUCGAGUUGUUGAUGGGUGACAUCCCCGAAUUGCAGAUGUUCCGCAAACAACAAGGCCGGUUUGAACCCUACCUUAUGGUGACCAAAGCGGUGCGUUUGGGUGACUUGAAGCUUUUCCUGCAAACGGUGAAGAAGUACGAACAGGAGUUCAAGCAGGAUAACAACUACACGUUGGUGAUCAGAUUGAGACAGAAUGUCAUCAAGACGGGUAUCCGGAUAAUCUCGCUUGCCUACUCGAAGAUCUCGUUACGGGACAUUUGCAUCAAGCUUCACCUCGACUCGGAAGAGCUGACGGAAUACAUCGUGUCGAAGGCGAUCCGCGACGGGGUCAUCGAUGCCCUGAUCAACCACGAAAAGGGGUACAUGCAGCUGCGGGAGUUGAUUGACGUCUACUCCACUAAAGAGCCCCAGGCUGAAUUUGAUCAGCGGAUCCGCUUCUGCUUGCUGUUGCACAACGACUCGGUGAAAGCGAUGCGCUACCCCAGCGACGUCGACGCGCCGCAGCAGGUGGAAAAGGAGGACCGCGAAGACGAAAUCGACUUGUUGAAGGCGAUUGAAGAAGGCGACCUAGAUGACUACAUGGACUAG